AUGGGAUCCGUACAGAGACCCAUUACCCGCCCGGGUGGUUUCAGGAACCUUCCGAACAUCGAAACCUUGACAUCUCGACUGAAGAACGUACAACCGAUUAUCGAGCAAAUAUGCAAUACCAUGGGUCAGGUCGGCCUCUCAUAUGGAGUUCUAUACCAGGGCCAAGUUGUUCUCGCCAGGGGCUAUGGAGACCGAGAUCAUGAGAACCAGAAGCCAGCAGACGAGAACACAUUGUUCAAUAUAGCCUCGUGCACGAAGGCAUUUACCGCCACUGCUUGCGCCUUGCUAGCUCAGGAAGGUUCCCUUGAUCUCAACCUUCCAGUAAAAGAAUAUCUUCCAGAGCUCAAAGAGGAGCAAGCCACGCUAGUUGACUUACUUGCUCACCGAACUGGGUAUGCUCGUUUGGAUACGAGCUGGGUCGGCCAACGGAGCGAAGUGCUCGUGUCUCACGCUGAGUUGAUAAAACGGGUGAAUGCUUUGCCCAAGUUGCGUAGCCUCGGGAGCGAGUGGCUCUACAAUAACUGGAUGUACGCUGUCGCGGGUGUCGUUGUAGAGCGGCAUAACAAGGGUCAUCUCACCUAUAUGGACUUCGUAAAGAAGUGCUUGCUCGAAGCUUACUGUCUAACGCGGUCAUGCAUUGAGCGAAAAGAUAUUCCCGAUGACAAUAUCAGCCUCGCAUAUGUGGCGUCGCGGUCCCGAACAGCAUUGCCAAUACCCGAACCCCCAUGGGAGGAAUCUCCAUUUACUCCAGGAGGUGGCAUCCGAAGCUGUGUCGUUGACAUGCUGAAGUGGUCGGAAUUAUUACUAGCUGCCUACGCAGCCGAUGCGAAAGAUGCUUCAUCCGAACUUCGCUCACCAGUGAGCAAACAUCCUGGGGUUAUAUUUUCUCCCAAGAUGAUUCUUCCCGAUGCCGUAUCCUAUGGCCAACUGGAGCGGAGCUACGGCAUGGGUUUUUUGAGGUUCAUGCUGCCCUCGAAACUCAGUCAUGGAGGUCGAAACGCCACUGUGGCAAGCGAAGUUGCCAUUCCUCCAGUAGGAAACAAUGAUGAUCAUACACUAGCACUAGCUCAUGCUGGAGAGAAUGCCGGGGCACUUUCCGCUUUCACUCUUUUCCCCGAGCUAGAUACGGCAGUGAUAGUUCUCGGUAACACUACAGCGCUAGGUGACACCAAUGAACUCGUUAUGCAUCUUCUAAGUAGUCAGAUCAUGACUUCCGAGCUCCAAGUCGACUACACGGCAUUGGCGACCUCUAUCGCUGAGCAGUGUAAGAGCUGGCACGAGCGCACGAUCAGCAAACCUUUAUCAAAGCAUCGGGUCCAAGGUACCAAUGCCGGGUCACUUGAGGAAUACGUCGGCGAGUAUGAAGGUUUCGAGUAUAGUAUGAAGGUCAGCCUGGAGAGUGAUGGGCUUAUUUUGCACCAUGGAGGACGGGCCUCUCAGCGAGCGAGGCUGACACACUACCACUACGACACGUUCUCGUUUGCGACUUCGGAUUAUGAAGAGCAUCUUCAGCUCGGAAUGAUUGACUAUGACGAUUGGCGACUACUACUCCUUCAUUUUGAGCGGGACUACAGCGGCGCUAUCGUGGGCAUCAAAUGGUUUCUUGAUGGAGAUAUCUCGCCAGUACUCUUAGGGCGUAAAGCCUAG